CCGGGCAAGAACCGGCCGGCUGGCAUCUCCUGACACGAGUAGACCUCUCUCGCCUUCAUCAUGGUUCGCGCCAUCAGCCCGCUGUUGUGUGUUCCGCUCAACUUGCCAACAUGCCCUUGGUUCGGUUGUGGCACCAUCGCUGAACAAUCUGCCUGGUAGUGUAGCAGUGCUAGCUUCCUCUCUCCAGUAGAUGAGCCUUGCGGGCACGUGUUGUUCAGCGAUAGAACCACCCCCAUCCCGCAAUGGAUCGCCAGGGGACGCAGUAUCCUAGCCUAGAGCCGUCGGCCGAUUAUCUUGACAUACAAGACUUUAUUGACGCUGCCGACUUCGACGCGCCAGAGAUUACGGUGAAUCUCUUUCCUCCCUUCGACCCCCCCUUUGAUCCUCCCAAACCUGAAGCUGCCACUACCGAACCGCUCCAUGGGCAUCCUUACGUGUCUACUUCCAAUGCGCAGAACUUUGGCAUAUCCCCCGGAUUACUUACCACGGCCCCCCCAGAGUUUUUACAUCCGACCACGAUAAAUACUCCUCAGGGCAUGCCGGAAGCCUUGUUCCAGCAACAGCAAGGCCAAGCUACGGCUUAUGCCGUUCCCAACAAUGGAGGCACUGCUAUGAUGAAUCUUUACACGCCCGCGUUGAGCCUCCCUUUCUCUGCUCCCGGAAGCCAGCCUUCACAUCCCGUUUCACACCGUCCCCUCCAGGAGCCAGCGAGCGAUUUGAAUCUGUUGUCCGCAAAAGGCGUUCACAAUAUUUCUGACCCCCGCCGUAAUAGCGGCAACACCUCGAGAUUCAGUACUCCGUCCAAUGCAUCCAGUCAGAACUUGUAUCGAACCACGAUGAACCGUCCCCCGUCCCCCCACGUCUUGCUUCUCGAGCCACGACUGAAGCGUCCCGAGAAAGGACCCAAUGACAUCCCCCUCAAGAAUGGCCGGAUCCCCCGUGUUACGCGAAAGAACCAGCUUAAACCGGACCCGCGCGAGUGGUACGGCGCGCCGCCGCCCCAACCUGAGAGCUGGGGCCCCAAGGACAAGAACGGGCGUCCGCUCUUCAAGUAUACGGAGCAUGGCGAACUCGAGCGCGGUAAGGCGUACACUGUGCGCCAGCUGCGAUGGUAUUUGUACGGCCCCAACCGGCGGAAGGGCGAGGACUUCGAGCUGCCAUCGCGGCUACCAGGCGUCCCUGAGGUCAGGGGCAAGGUGCGACAGGGCUUGACGCUGUGGAUCGGGUGGGUGCCACCGCAGUCCAACGAGCGGUUCCCAUUUGGGUCCCAGUCUCACAAGUGCCGGUUCGCUGACUGCGAGGACUCGAACCGCACGAUUCGCACGGGGUUACCUCUCAUCGCGUUUGACGAGCGUAUGAACGAGGAUGGUGACGCUAUCGACGUCUUUCACAACGCCGGGUACGCCCAUCUGUACUGUUUCGAACGCCACUUUGACCUUGUCGACGCCAUGAUCCGUCUCGAUGUUCGCCCCGACGAGCGCAGCUUUAAGCGCGAGGACGCCAAUCUUUACAAGCUCUCCCGCCAGUUCCCCGAGAUCCAUAACGAGAUCGACUUGUGGUGGCGCGACGAAUAUCCCAAGUGGCUCCAUUCUAGGGAAACCGGCGAGAAGCGGAGCCGCGAGCACAAAUUCUCCCUCAACUAUCGGCUAGUCUGUCACGCGAUCGAAAACGGUCCCGAGGCGCGCGCCAAGAUGCGCGAUAUGCGAUGUGGAGCCGACAUAUCGAAGCACAAGGGGGACCUUCAAAUAUGGAGGUUCCUUAAGGAAUGCAGACAAUACAACUUAGUAGACGAGCAUGGCGACCCAGUCCCCGGAGCUGAAACUAAGCUCACAUUUAUCAAAGAGUGCGCGCGAUACGAUCUACUAGACGAUUACGGGGCGCCGGUCCCUGACGCUGAGGGGAAGCUCAAGCUACUCAAAGAAAAGGGUAACUCGAAGAAGAUAGGACCAAAGAAGGCCAAGUAUACCAAGCCGUCACCAAGGCAGCCAGGCCAUGUCCCCGAACCUUAUCAUCACCCCCAACAGUACCGACAGGCUAACAUUUACAUGCCUAGUUACGACACGGCCUUUUAUAACAUACCACAUAGCCCCCUCGCUCCGAUGCCUUACAUCCCUCAGACCUCUCAUCUUCCCCAGCCUCUAAUGUACCCAACUUUCAGCCCGCCCUACCAUGCUAGCUAUCCUACCCCGCCAGCACAACAUGUAAACCAGCCAACACCAUAUCCUCCCUACGUGCAACAAAACUUCGGAUCUCCUUUAGGAAUGUCCUCGCAGAGGAAGCGAACUAGAGAUGAACAGCCGGCCUCCGACCGGAAAAUCGGCACGCGGCACUACGACGCCCAGAUCGAGACCGGGGAAAGCCCAGCGAAAAAGCUGCGACAAGCGCCGCAGUCAGUUCCAAGCCCGCCCGCUUCGCUGGCGGAUCGCCCAUCGCCUGAAAUCACGGCUGAGCCGAACAUGGAGGGUUAUAGUGACCUGGUAGACCCCUUCGGGAAGUUGGAAGAAAACGACCCCGCGCUCAACUUCUCACUGGCAGAUUUUAGCCAGCCCCAACACAUUGAGCUCGACGAGGAUACCGCCUUUGAAAUUAUCGAUAGGGAAGUCCCCGAUGGUAAGUCUUCCGACGGUAAGAACAUUGACGAGAUUGCAGCGUCCGCCGCCGAAUUAGGAGGCGAGGAGGGCGAGGGGGGGAAAGGGGGAGGGGUAGAGGAAGAGAUAAGUUGGGAUGCGCUUGACCUCGAUCACGAUGCGGAUCUCUUUGGUGAUGCACCCGAAGUAACAGAAAACGCCGGGAAGACAGGUGCGGACGAAGGAUCCGCAGACCCAGCCACCCAGGAGGUGGCCGUUAAGGAAGCCGCAGCCAAGGACGAGUACCCGGCGACCGCCUCCUCAAAGCCGUAAUCUCGGUGGAAUUCGCCAAGGGGCCGACACCUGAGCCCGACCGGUUAUGGCGGACUUGAAAGGUAGGUCGACUAAAAGAAGGCCGCGUAGAGCGGAGGGAGAAACGCAGUGACCUCUGGCCAAUAGUUUUUGGCGUAGAAGAUGGACGAGCGUAGAGAGGCGGUUAUCUAGUAAGUGUUUGGUUUCUAGGUUCCCCUUCAUGUUUAGGCCUACUAGGUGCGAAAGGAUUUUUCUUCCACCUCUUCACCUUCGAUGAAUAUAUUCGACUUUACAAUACGUGUGCUUGUGUAUGGGUUAUGUAUGUCUCUGUCGACAGUCUCCGUUCGUGCAAGUUCUCUGGGAGGUGGGAUGAAACGGGGCCGUAGGCAAGCAGCGAGAUAGCUGCCAACUGGGGAGUGAUGUGAGCAUCUGCAUUCUACAUCGUUAUACCAAAGGUCACAGGGUAA